ACACAUGUGAUGGCUUCUUCAGGUUAUGUAGUGUCCAAUAGGGACGCGUAUGGGAUUCGGCCUCCGACAGGACGCCCAAUCAGAGAGAUCCGCGGGUGUGACGUAAGUAAGAGGGGCGGGUCGGAAGCAGCUCACUGGUUGUGUGUGCAGAGCAACCCGAGAUCAGCCAGUCACCUCCUGUAUGUGUAUGUGUGUGUGAGCGAGAGAGAGUGAAAGAGAGAGAGAGGGAGGGAGUGUGUAUGUGUGGCUGACCUCGCACUGAAUGGACUGGGAUUCUCAGCCACGUAAGUAGUUAGUACACCGCGGGAGAUGAUGCCUUGCUGAAAUAAGGGAUAGGCCUGGGAAAGUCGGCCAUCCCUUUUUCUUCUCCAGCAUCACAAGCAAUCGUCGCCAGAUCCCGACCAUUCCGCAAGAGAAGAGGACAUCGACUCCCGACCACACACACACACACACGCACGCACGCACACACCAUUAGACAUAAAGAGUUUUUUGCGCUGCUCGGGUCGGUUCGUUUAGCGCGUGCAGCAGAUGGCGUGCAGAGCUGCGUGGAAAUGAGCAGUGCACGACGGAGGCCGCUGAAUGGAAACGGAGCCCUUUCUCAGGAAAGCCGACACCACUGACCGGUUAGCACGUUAGCCGAGGCAUUUCUACUAGCCAGCAGCACUCGGGGCAUUUAAACACUGCUCUCUUGAAUUUGGGGGAGGAGGGGGGGGGAAUUCAGAAGCACCGUUUUCCUCCAUCUUUGCACUGUGCAGCUAAAUCAGAAAAUUCAUCCACAAGUCUGUAUCCGAGCUCAGGCUUAGAAGUCAUAGCAGAAAACAGGGUAACUUUUUGUUGAUUGUUUUUUGUAAAUCGUUGUUGCACGUGGGAUAUUAUAUUAAUAUUCGCAAAGCAAGACCAAGCUUAUUGCAGCACUAUUUUUCUCUUUUAUUUUUUUAUUUUUUUUUUUGAUUGCACGAUUGUCAGACCUGAUUGAGACAUUGUGCAGCUGCUAAUCGGCUGGAUGUGUGUGUGUGUGUGUGUGUGUGGUGCGCUGUGAUGGUGUAUAGCAAGUGAGUCAGAUCAAAAGGUUUUUUUUUUUUUUCUCUUUUUGUUGCGCAAGUUUAGUUUUUCCACAGACUAGGCAUUCUUGUCCAGAUCCCCCCCUCCAAGUCUCGCACCUUGCUUUAGGAUAAACCUCCAUCUAACACUCAUGAACAUACAGCGCUCCAAUCCCAUCAACAUCGCACGGUAUGGGAGAGCGAGGCACAAAGUGCAUGAAUUGGAGGAGCUGUCUUGUCUACAACAGAGGACUCCGGAGCCGAAUCAGAGCUUUAGUCCUAAUCUAGGCUCCCCAAGUCCUCCAGAGAGCCCGGACUCCACACACCGAGUGUCCUGUAUCGGGAAUUACCUCUUACUGGAGCCGCUGGAGGGAGACCGCGUGUUCCGGGCCGUGCACUUACACAGCGGGGAAGAGCUCGUGUGCAAGGUGUUCGAUAUCAGCCGAUAUCAAGAAUCAUUAGCUGCCUACUUUGUACUGGGUGCUCAUCAGAACAUCAACCAAAUAGUAGAGAUCCUCCUUGGAGACACGCGGGCGUACGUGUUCUUCGAGAGGAGCCAUGGAGACAUGCACUCGUUUGUCCGCACUUGCAAGAAGUUGCGGGAGGAAGAGGCUGCCAGACUCUUCUAUCAGAUAGUGUCCGCCGUGGCACACUGCCAUGACAACGGCCUGGUUCUCAGAGACCUCAAGCUGAGGAAGUUCGUCUUUAAUAAUGAGGAAAGGAGCCUUGUUAAGUUGGAGAGUUUAGAAGAUACAUACCUCCUGAAGGGAAGCGAUGACACUCUCUCAGACAAACAUGGCUGUCCUGCUUACGUAAGCCCGGAGAUCCUCAAUGCCAGUGGCAGCUACUCUGGCAAAGCGGCAGACGUGUGGAGUCUGGGCGUCAUGCUGUACACCAUCCUUGUUGGCCGCUACCCUUUCCAUGAUGUUGAACCUGGCUCACUCUUCAGCAAGAUCCGCCGUGGCCACUUCAGCAUCCCUGAGACGCUGACGCCCAAGGCACGCUGCUUGAUCCGCAGCAUCUUGCGGCGGGAGCCAGCCGAAAGGCUGACAUCACGAGAAAUCCUGGAGCAUCCCUGGUUCCUGGCAGCCACUGUCCAGGCUGGCAUCGCCUAUGCCAGAGGAGAACGUGAAGCAGACCAGAUGGUGCCCGAGGCCAACAUGGAGGAAGAUUUGGAGCAGUUCCUCAGCUGAGCAGCACAAAAAAAAGAAGAGGAAAAAAAAAAAAAGACAUUUUGCCACGUGUUUUAGAUGACAGAAUGCACUCAUAAAACAGCGUUUAUCCUUAUCUCCCAUUCCAUGGAGAAAACCUGGGAAGGUCUGGCUUGAUGGUGUGGAACACCUUCAGCAAGAGCUUCUGGGCAAAUGUUAAUGUUCAGUAAUGUAGCAAGACUUAUAACUAUCUUUAGGUUGAGUUUUCUUUUUUUAUUUUCAGUGGUGCUCAUGGGGUGUACAAGUCAUAUUAAGCUACAGAAAACAUGACGGCACAGGAGACCUCAGCCAAGGAGAACAACACCAACAUCAAGCAAACUGCAACCACUCCUGUUCUGAUUUAUCACAGUAGACAACAUUGUCUCCACGUAUUGAACUUUAAAAGCAUUUUUUGGCUGCGUUUGCAUAUUUAUUCAUUAUGGGGUUUUUUUUUGUUUUGUUUUGUUUUGUUUUGUUUUUUUAAGUAUAUUACUUACACCAUUCUGCUCUUUCAUAGCCUUAUAGGCCAAUACUAUAACAUGUAUGUGGCGGCUGUCAGUAGAAUUACAAUAUAAGUUUGCAAAUUCUCUUUUUAGGCUUGAUCCCCCUUCCAAAUGUGUAUUUGCGUUUCUCUCAUUUGUGUAAGACUGCAUUAACUCAGCUUUUUGUGUUGCAUUAAGCUAUUCCUUCUAAAUUGUUAUUGCUGCUUAUUUUUCCUCUAGCCUGAACUGAACCUCUUUGAGCCUUGAGACGUGAGGGGUGCUUGGCCCACCUAGGCCAAGCGAAUGGUCCAUUCCAUCUCUGUAGACUAGCAUCUAUUUAAUUUUAUUUUCAUUCUUCUGCUGAAAUGAAAGAGUUUUUAAUUUAAAGUAACAACUACUAUAUUUAAAUAUAUUUGCAGGAUUUUCUUUAUACCUUAGUUUCUGUUUCCACAAAUAUUGUAGGCAAUACUCUUGACACAGGACAGUUUUGAUGUUGGCAUUAAAGACUGUCCCAAGGUUUAGAAUAAACCAUCUAACUUAAGUGCCAGUAUUUGUGCCCCACACCACCAAUGCCGAUUACAUCCCUUCUCUUUUUACUUAGGAUUUCGCUUUUAACACCUUGUUAAAUAAUGUUACUACGACUACACUGUCUCCAGUACCUCAUGUUAACUUUUCUACUGCCUGCCUAGGUUCUGUGAAAUGAUCAUCUUCUAAAUAGGUACAUGUGGACAUGUUUUGUGGUAUAUCAAUGUUACUUCAAAUUGUGAUCUCUAGUUAAUGGCAUGUACCCUUUUGAAUGCUAUAGCCUAGCAGGAGGGCUGGGGAAGUUGUUUUUCCCUUUUGUUUCGUAAAGUAAAUCCUUGCAAAUUCUAUUUUUUAAUUGCUAGGAGUUUUAAGUUGCCUCUGUAAAAGCAUUAGGUUUAUAAGUAUAUUUUUUUUAAAUAAAAAAAAUAUGCUUUCAGGUAGAAUGAAUUGGCCACAUUAGUUGGUGAUGAGUGAAGGACUUUUUGUUUUUUUCUUUUGAAGGGGUGGGGGGCAUGCAUGGUGGGAUAUCUGCCUCAGAUGCUCUGAUUGUAAUGUAACUGAUUUUGGUGUUUUGUCCAAAUUUAUUCAGUAAAUAAAAUGUGACCUGCACA